CUUUGUUCACAUCCACAAACCCAUUGAAACAAAAUUGUAACCAUGACACAACUGCAAGACUCUGAUUUAAGAGCCCGUUCUCAACUUGAUGAUUGGUUUGACGAUGGAGAUGUUGAAUCGGAAGAUGAUGGGCCAGGAGCACAUAACUCUACCACCAUCCGGCCUUUGUCUCCCACCCCAAUCCGAGUGGAAAUUCCAGCUCGCUUUCAGCCACUCCUGCUUGCAAUUUAUCAAGCAACUCCUCCAACAUUCAGUGAUGCGAAAUGGGACCAUGUUAAGGAAAAGUUGCGAGAAAAUGGACGCUUUGCACUAUUGAACUGCAUUGAUGAGGAAGCUUAUCUGAAGGAAGCAAAAAGAGAGAAUAUGCCGGUAGAGUACAAUACCUAUCGAACUGGUGAAAUCAAGACGGUGUGGACACAAUUACCAUAUCAGUGGCUUCAACGAAAUCCCACAGCAGACGAUCAGAGAAACGCAAAUGGCAGAAGUGCAAAGCCACAAAAAAGGAGUGAAUACAAACAAUCACUCAAAAUCUUACAUGGCUCUACUAAUCUCACUACAGACAUUGUCAAAGUCAUUCUGCGCCUUUCAAGACAUCACAAACACCGCAUCAGGAUCUUGGAUGUUGCUGAUAUGUUGGGUGGCACUCAUAUGGUGAUUGUAGUAAGACACGUGGUACGUUUGCUGCGAACAAGAGGUCUUUUGAUCGAUUGGGAUGACAGAGAAAAUGUUUGGAUCAUGGAUGGAAUGGGUGUUGACAAGAAUGAAAACCUUCGGGAGACUUUUGAAAAGUUUCUAAAGGGCAAAAAAUGCCUACAAAGAGCAAAAGAACUGAUCGAAAAAGAUUUCUGGGACGAAGACCCAAAUGUCUUUCUGCUUUUUCAUACGGCAGACUUUGCUCGACUGGUUGAUCACGCUCGAAAGUCAACUGAUUGCGUCAAAAUGACCGCAAGUAAUGAAGUUAUCUGGAUUGAGUAGAGUUUACAGAGCACCGCAUUUGCUUGUCACACCUACCUGAAAAUGUAUCUGUACCGCAUCAAGCAUAGCAUUUUGUAAUUGACACCUGUA